CCGCGGCGCUGGCGUUUCCGGGGGGCGGUUUGGCGGGCGGACCAGGCUGUGCGGGGCGGAAGUGGGCCGCCGCGGUCCGAGGGCAGCCGCGCGGGCGGGACGGGCCGAGCUGGAGGGCGCCGGGGAGCGGAGCGCGGGCGGCCCCCGAGGCCCGGGCGAACGGGCUGCUGGGGGGCCCGCGGCGGCGCCGGGGGAGCGCGGUGGGGAUGGGGCGCCGAGCCGGGCGGCGGCCGGGGCCUCGGCCAUGUUCGCGGGGCUGCAGGACCUGGGCGUGGCCAACGGCGAGGACCUGAAGGAGACGCUGACCAACUGCACGGAGCCGCUCAAGGCCAUCGAGCAGUUCCAGACGGAGAACGGCGUGCUGCUGCCCUCGCUGCAGUCGGCCCUGCCUUUCCUGGACCUGCACGGCACGCCGCGCCUCGAGUUCCACCAGUCGGUGUUCGACGAGCUGCGGGACAAGCUGCUGGAGCGCGUGUCGGCCAUCGCCUCGGAGGGGAAGGCGGAGGAGAGGUACAAGAAAUUGGAAGACCUCCUGGAGAAGAGCUUCUCUCUGGUGAAGAUGCCGUCCCUGCAGCCGGUGGUGAUGUGCGUCAUGAAACACCUGCCCAAGGUUCCUGAGAAGAAGCUGAAGCUGGUGAUGGCCGACAAGGAGCUGUACCGGGCCUGCGCUGUGGAGGUGAAGCGGCAGAUCUGGCAGGACAACCAGGCACUCUUCGGCGACGAGGUCUCCCCCCUGCUCAAGCAGUACAUCCUGGAGAAGGAGAGUGCGCUCUUCAGCACGGAGCUCUCUGUCCUGCACAACUUCUUCAGUCCUUCCCCCAAGACGAGGCGCCAGGGUGAGGUGGUGCAGAAGCUGACGCAGAUGGUGGGGAAGAACGUCAAGCUGUACGACAUGGUGCUGCAGUUCUUACGGACCCUCUUCCUGCGGACGCGGAACGUGCACUACUGCACGCUGCGUGCCGAGCUGCUCAUGUCCUUGCACGACCUGGAUGUUGGCGACAUCUGCUCCGUGGACCCCUGCCACAAGUUCACCUGGUGCCUGGACGCCUGCAUCCGCGAGCGGUUUGUGGACAGCAAGAGGGCCCGGGAGCUGCAGGGGUUUCUCGACGGAGUAAAGAAGGGUCAGGAGCAAGUCCUGGGGGAUCUGUCCAUGAUUCUGUGUGACCCCUUUGCCAUCAACACCCUGUCGCUGAGCACCGUUAGGCACCUGCAGGAACUGGUCGGCCAGGAGACGCUGCCCAGGGACAGCCCCGACCUCUUGCUGCUGCUCAGGCUGCUGGCGCUGGGCCAGGGGGCAUGGGACAUGAUCGACAGCCAGGUGUUCAAGGAGCCCAAGAUGGAGGUGGAGCUCAUCACCAGGUUCCUGCCCACGCUCAUGUCCUUCGUGGUGGACGACCACACCUUCAACGUCGACCAGAAGCUGCCAGCCGAGGAGAAAGCCCCCGUCACGUACCCGAACACGCUGCCGGAGAGUUUCACCAAGUUCCUGCAGGAGCAGCGCAUGGCCUGCGAGGUGGGGCUGUACUACGUGCUGCACAUCACUAAGCAGAGGAACAAGAACGCGCUGCUGCGCCUGCUGCCCGGGCUGGUGGAGACCUUUGGCGACCUGGCGUUCGGCGACAUCUUCCUCCACCUGCUGACGGGGAACCUGGCGCUGCUGGCUGAUGAGUUCGCCCUGGAGGACUUCUGCAGCAGCCUCUUUGAUGGCUUCCUGCUCACUGCCUCCCCGAGGAAGGAGAACGUUCAGCGGCACGUGCUGCGGCUCCUAGUCCACCUGCACCACCGCGUGGCGCCAUCCAAGCUGCAGGCCCUGCAAAAGGCACUGGAGCCCACGGGCCAGAGUGGAGAAGCGGUGAAGGAGCUGUACUCCCAGCUCGGUGAGAAGCUGGAGCAGCUGGACCAUCAGAAGCCCAGCCCGGCCCAGACUGCAGAGACGCCGGCCCUGGAGCUGCCCCUGCCCACCGUGCCUGCCCCGGCUGGGCUCUGAGGCUUUGCCUGGGGCCCCUGGGGAGUGGACAGGGCCCCUGGUGGGGACGGUAGCCCUGGUUGCCAGGAGAAGAGGCUCCCCUGGACCUGCGAAGCCAGGGCCCCGUUUCCUCUGGAGGCUGACUGGCCACUCAUGGGGCUGGGGGUGGGCUAAGCCAAGACCCCCGGGACUGUCCUGUGGGCAGAGUGCCCUUCCUCUGCACCUUAGCCCUGCCCUGAAUGGCGUCCUGGGAGGUGUGUGCUGUUUGCGUGAAUGGGACCUGUGUCCCUGCCCCUUGAGGGCCCCUGGUCAGCUCCGAGGAGCUCAGGCCCUGCUCCAGGUCUGCAGGGCCCAGCAUGGCCCCUUGCACUCCCAGGCCCUGGGAAGUUUGCUUGUUCCUGCCUGACACUGUGGGUUUCCACACUGUGGGGAGACAGGCAGGCAGUGGUUGGGAUUAGGAAUAAGCCAGCUGUUUUCUAAGGGGAGAGGGCAGGGGGCCGAGGCCUGAGGGGAAAGGGGCAGGGCCAGCGUGUUGGCACCGACUGAUCGGCUAAAUUCCACGGUUUGCUGGGUCCGGACAUCUCCCAGGAGCUCCUGCAGUUUGUCGGUGGACGGUCCGCUGACCCAACCACAGGUGGGGAGCCGCUCCUCCCCUGGGCAGCAGCACCUGUGUAGCAGGCAUAGCUAGGAAAGCCCAGGCCCCCGCCUGCUGCCUCAGUUUACCCUGGGAGCCACGUGCUCCUUGCUCAGCUGCAGCAUCUUGGCCAGGUGAGGGACUGCUGUUGCACACAAGAGGCUUUUACUCAUGUAAAUAAAAGGCGUUUUGGUAAA